GGCGUGGUCCUGGGCAUAGGCGAGGUCCUGGGCGUGGUCCUGGGCGAGGUCCUGGGUAUAGGCGAAGUCCUGGGCAUGAACCUGGGCAUGAGCAUGGGCCUAGGCGUGGUCCUGAGCGUGGGUAUGGUCCUGGGCAUGGUCCUGGGCAUAGGCGAAGUCCUGGGUGUGAACCUGGGCAUGGGCAUGGGCCUAGAUGUGGUCCUGAGCGUGGGUAUGGUCCUGGGCAUGGGCCUGGGCCUUGGCCUCAGGGCGCCCUCUUUCCAGGAGACACUGCGCAGGGUCCAGGCCUGGGGCCGGGCCCGGGCGGCGCUGACCGAGCGGAAGGCCAAGGCAGAGAAAGAGGCCAUCCUGGCCCAGGGUGGGGACGCCUUCAGGCACCUCGUCCACCAGCAACGGCGCCAGCACCUGGAGGCCCAGAGGAGGACCUUCCAGGAGGGGCAGGAGCUCCGGAAGCAGGAGAUCGUCGGUCGGAUUGUGAAAGAGGGGGCCGAGGAGGACAGCCGGAAGAAGAAGCAGCGGCCCCCCGCCAGAGCCCCCCGGGGACGCACUCUUCGAGACAGGACCUGGAGCUACAUCGCCCACGUCUGCACCGGGGAGACGGCCGUGGCCUCCAGCUACCCGCUGGAGGUCAAGGCUGCAGCGCACCCUGAGCCCUCCUGGCUCCUGAAAGCCGACUCCAGUGAGUCUGUGCAGGGGGUCGCUGGGGCCACCGGUGGAGAGCAGGAAACGCUGGCUGAACCCGAGAUCCCCGGGCUCUGGAGGGAGGACUACAUGCCACACCAGGAGCACAAGGAGGAUGGGAACCAAAAGCCUGUGGGCGGCACCAAGAUGGACAAGGACAUCCUGGCUCGCACCAUGGCCCAGCUGCGCAGCGGGGUGGUGCACAAGCAGGUGGCGUCCGGGCGGGAGUUCAAAGGCUGCCCCUUCAACAGCAAGCCCCAGCUGGUCCACUUCAAGGACUUCGAGGUUGGCAAAGCGUACAAGAAGAAGAUCACGCUGGUGAACGCCACCUACACCAUCAACUACUGCUCGCUGGUGGGCGUGAGCGAGGACCUGCAGGACUUCGUCCACAUCAGCUUUGACCCCCCUGGGCCCAUGUCAGCCGGGAUGUCCUGUGACGUGCUGGUCACGUUCAAGCCCAUGAUAGAUCAAGAUCUGGAAGGAAGCAUCUCGUUCCUGGCUCAGACGGGCAGCUUCUCCGUCCCUCUGAAAUGCUCCACGAGGAAAUGCUCCGUGUCCCUGGACAAGGAGCUCAUCAGCUUUGGCAGCUACGUGGUGGGUGAGACCACAUCCCGGACCAUCACGCUGACCAACUCCGGGGGCCUCGGCACGAGCUUCAAGAUUCUCCCAGCCUCCGAGGUCUACGAGACGGACGAAGAGUCCCUGCCCCUCCUGAAGAUAAGCAGCCUGUUCACCUGCGACGACAAGGGUCUCACCAGUGUGUCCGAGCAACAGCUGGAAGGCAACGGGACCUCCCCGCUGGACACCCAGAGCCAGAAAGAGUCGGACAAGAUGGAGGAACAAGAGGGCACCUCUGCCACGGGGGGCUUGGGAAUGCUUCCCAGCGAGGAGCAGGCAGAAAUCACGCUGGGGGAGAUAAUGGAGGGGGAGAUCGGCCCUUUUAGCUCCAUCAGAGUGCCCAUCCUGUUCACCCCGGUCACCCCAGGGGAGGCCCAGACCAAGUUCAAGGUCGUGUUCAAGAAUCCCAAGUGCCCAACACUGUAUUUCAGAGCCACAGGCGUGGCCCUGGAUGUGCCAGUCUGGGUGCCCAAGCCCAACGUGGACUUGAAGAUCUGCAUGUACGACCGGCUCUACCAGGACUCCGUGCCCAUUUACACGCGAUCCAAGGUGGCCCUGCGCCUGAAGUUCGAGGUGUGCAGGGAGCUGCGAGGCCACAUGGAGCUGCUGCCCGAGAUGGGCUACAUCCAGGCCCAGUCGUCCUACUCAGUGCAGCUCAAGUUCCUGCCCCGGCACUCCCUCCCCGAAGAUGCUGGCAAGUACUUUGACAAGGAGAGCAGAGUCCUGGAGGCUCCGAUGACCAUCUGGGUGGCCGACCAGAUAAAGCCAGUGGGCUUCACCGUGCAGGCCAUCGUCACCACCUCUGACCUGGAGCUCAGCCCCUCGGAGCUGGACUUUGGCCACUGCACCAUCUACGAGGCCAUCAGGGCCGAGAUCACUCUCUACAACCACUCGCUCCUGCCCCAGGAGUUUGGGUUCAUGGGACUCCCCAAGUUUGUGGACGUCCAGCCCAACGACGGCUUUGGGACAGUCCUGCCCCUGGAGGCUCUGCAGCUGGACGUGAUCUUCCAGCCCACCAAGGCCAGGGAGUACAGCUUCGAGCUGGUCUGCAAGUCGGAGGUGAACAGGUGCUUCAAGCUGUCCUGCCGAGCUGUGGGAGUCCGCCCGCCUCUGGAGCUGUCCCACUACCAGAUCAAGUUUGCGGCCACCUCCCUGUACGACACCUCCGUGGCCAGGCUGCAUGUCAUCAACCCCCACCCGGGUGGGAGCUCCCUGCCCCGCUCGGGGGCCCGGGUCAGCUCAGAGGAGGCUCCCGCCGGGGGGGCCACGUCUUUUGAGUUUCUGUUGCCCUCGGACUUGCCCAUCACCAUCUCACCCUUGGUGGGGACCGUGUUGCCAGGAAAGAGAUGCCUGGUCCAGGUGGCCUUCCGGCCUGUGCUGUCCCAUGAAGUAAUCCACGAGGAAGCUCUCCAGAUCCUCAACAAAGAAAUUCAGAACAAACUGUUCCGAAAGGAUACAUUCAGCCAGAAGAAGGAGCUGUGGAGACAGUCCCUCUCUGUGCUCCGACCGCGGACCCGGGAACGGAUGCUGCAGGCUGUCACCUCCCACGCCCCCCAGCAGGAGAAGCAGGAGCUCAGGGUCAGUUCCCAUGAGUACCAGGUGGCUCAGUCUGCCCUGGUCCGGACUUUCCAGGCGAAGUUUGACAAGUUUGUGGUCCCAUGUGUCGUGGCCAGUGGUGACGUCAAGGACAGGAAGGGAUCAGAGCCCCUAAGUUUCAGCCCCCACAACACCCUGUACCUGGAGCUGUGGUGUCCAGCCGUGGCUCCGUCUAUCGUGGUGACGUCUAACAAAGGCAAGACCACCUUCAACUUUGGCGACAUUGCUGUAGGACACCGUGGCAUAAAGAAGAUCUCCCUCCAGAACAUCUGCCCCGAGGACCUGGCCGUGGAGUUCUCGGUGCUGAACCCCAGCGGCCCCUUCGCUCUGCUGAACCCCUUCAGCAAGCUGUGCUCAGGCGAGACCCAGGUGCUGAUGCUGUCCUUCUCACCCCGCGAAAGCCUCCUGGCUCAUGAGACACUGGACAUCAUCAGCAAGAAAGGCACCCUCACGCUCACCCUCACGGGCCUGGGCGUGGCGUCCAUGGUCUCCUGCUCCAUUGAAGGCAAUGUGCUCAGCAUGGGCUAUGUGCUGGCCAGAGAGUCCAUCUCCUCGAGUUUCAAGCUGCAGAACGACUCCUCGCUCCCCAUCAAGUUCUCCCUGCGGCUGGAGAGCCUCUCCAGCACCAGGGCCCUGGCCCGACAGCAGCUGCCUCAGUUCCUGGCCUCACCCACCCAGAGGACGGACUUGGUUGGCCCACAGAACCACAGUGGCCAGAGCGUAUUCAGUGUGGUCCCAGUGGAAGGUGUCAUGGAGCCAGGGAAGGCGCAGGACUUCACUGUGACCUUCAGCCCGGACCACGAGAGCCUCUACUUCUCUGACCGGCUCCAAGUGGUGCUCUUCGGAAAGAAAAUCUCCCACCAGAUCCUCCUGCAGGGUGCCGCCCGGGAGCACAUGAUGUUUGUGGAGGGCGGGGACCCCCUGGACGUGCCCGUGGAGUCUCUCGCUGUGACGUCUGCCCUCGACCCAGAGCACAGAGAGGACGUGGAGGAGCUGAAACCCAUCCUGCUGACCCUGGACUACGUCCAGUUUGACGCAGACACACCGGCCCCACCCGCCACCCGGGAGCUGCAGGUGGGCUGCAUCAGGACCACCCAACCAUCUCCAAAGAAGAUGGUGGAGUUCAGCCUGGACAGUGUCCCGUGGCUGCAGCACAAGGGCUUCUCCAUCGAGCCUUCCAAGGGCAUGGUGGAGCGCGGACAGACCAAGACCAUCAGCGUCUCCUGGGUGCCCCCUACUGACUUUGAUCCGGACCAUCCUCUCAUGGUAUCAGCCCUGUUGCAGCUCAAAGGGGACGUGAAGGAGACCUACAAGGUCAUCUUUGUAGCCAAUGUGGUGACUGGCCCCUGAGACCAAGGAGCAGCUCCAUGAGCCCCUCGCAUUCUCCCAUCCACCCCUAAAGCCCUCAGAGGCUGUCGGCCUGGCCCAACACCCCAGGGGCCGGGACCUGGGCAUCCCCUGCUGGGCAGGUUCAAAUAGUCAGCCUCCUGAAUGGCCCCACGACCAGGGUUCGCCAAUCCACAGCCACUUCCUGCUGCACAGGACUCAACAAGCCCAAGGCCCAAGAGCACCCCUCUCCCUGAGCCCUCAGAACCAGGGAUAAGUCUUGGUCAGCUCACACUGCUCCUGGCCAGAGACCCACACUCACCAGAGCCUGCCCAGACUUCAGAGGCCCCUAGGAAAGCCACCCCCACAAGCCUGUCAAUAAACUCCAGGAGCCAACCACGCCACUGCAGUAUGGAUGACCAGCCCAGUGGACAGGAUAGAGCUCUGGGAAGUAGCCCCUA